AUGGACCACGAAGAAGCAUUUGCUGGAGAAGCGCAGGAGGAAGUGGCCAUCGCAAGCAAUAUUCGCAGGCGCCCUGCUGUAGAUACAGGCCACGAUGUGAGGAACGACACACUGGACGAGUACCAUGAGGGUGAGACGAGCCCCUUAGUGAGCCCUCGUCAACAGAGGCGGUCACAAAGGGAAGGCUAUUCCAGAGCCAGGCCAAGUUAUGAAAGAGCCAUUAAUGAACCAUGGACUGGAUCACGCGGCUCGAGCGACCAGUCAUGGUAUAAGAAGGCUUCUAUAUUCUGGCUUCUUCCAGCAUUCUUCCCCUUUUGCCUAGCAUUUGGGGGCAUUAUCGUCCCUAAAACAUAUCUCAUCCUCGACCUUAUCUGCCACAAGUACCUGUCUGAUCGAGCCGCCAAAGACCCAAACUUUACCUAUCUACCUAUAAUCUUUGGGGAGGAAAACGAACAAUGCCGGGAUGAUCAUGUCCAGGCUCUUGUUGCCAACUUCAAUCUAUACAUGAAUCUGCUGUCGGGUAUUUUCUCCGCCAUUGUGGCUCCUCAAUUGGGCGCUCUCUCAGACCGAUAUGGACGUAUUAAGGUGUUGGUCUCCAUAUCCUUCGGUGCCUUCACGAUGGAGAUCAUUACCAUUAUUAUUGGCCGACAUCCGACCGAAGUCUCUGUCUACUGGAUGCUUCUGGGCGCCUUCUUGGAUGGAGUCUCCGGUUCUUUUACAACUGGCAUGGCUCUAGCUUUUGCAUAUGCGUCUGAUUGUAGUCCUCCAGAACGCCGAAACGUCGCUUUUGGCUAUUUCCACGGCACGCUAUUCACCGGGAUCGCUCUUGGUCCGCUUUUGUCUGGCUGGCUGAUCAAAUCGACCGGAACUGUUAUGUCGGCCUUCUACCUGGCAUUAGCCUGCCACGUAUUUUACAUUGUCUUCAUCGCAUUCAUUGUUCCGGAGUCGUUGUCGAAGGAACGCCAACAUCUUGCCCGCGAAAAACGACGGAUUGCAAAGGAGGAGUCCCCUGACGAGGAUUGGACCUUCAAGUUGAGAAAUUAUAAUAUCUUUGAGCCCCUGUGGGUGCUACGGCCCAAAGGUCCAGGGGCGACUCGCGCGCUUCGCCGAAAUCUCUUUGUGAUCGCUGCCAUUGACACAAUGAUGUUUGGUGUCGCUAUGGGCACUAUGCAAAUCCUACUCAUUUACUCACAAUACCGUUUUGGCUGGACCUCAGUCACCGCCAGCAUAUACCUUUCCUCGGUAAAUAUUUGCCGCGUGCUAGGUCUGGUCAUUCUCUUGCCUGCCUUGACUCGAAUCUUCCGUGGCCCAAUGUCCCAACAGUCUAUUGGGCAUGAAGGCUCGGACAUGCUCGACAUUAACAUCAUUCGAGGCGCGGUUAUUUUCGAGUUCCUGGGAUACGUCGGUUAUGCUCUCACACCUUCUGGGGCUGUCAUGUUCAUCUCUGGCAUGGUGGCUUCGCUAGGUGGGAUUGGUUCGCCAACUCUUCAAUCUUCUCUUACCAAAGCAAUUCCCGCAGACAUGACGGGCCAGAUCUUGGGUGCAUCAGGUCUGCUCCACGCCUUGGCUAGAGUUGUGGCUCCCACUAUAUUCAAUCUUAUCUACAUGAAGACAGUUGGUAUUUAUGCUGGAACUGUCUUCAUAUGUCUUGCGAGCAUAUUCCUCAUUGUUCUCGUUCUCAGUUGGUUCUUAAAGCCAGGUGUAUAUCUUCCACACUCUGUUGGCCUCGAACUCAGCGACGAUGAAGACAACAAUGAAACUUCCAUCUCUGCGGAUGCACGCUCCGACAACUAA